AUGACAUCAUCACCGAAGGAUUUACCAAAAGAAGACCCUGAAUCUGAAGGUGAAACAACAUCUACUAUUAAUUCACUCCAAUCUGCAGGACAUCAUUCGAAAUCUGGAGAAUUUACAAAUCAAAAUGAAAAUAAAGAUAAAAAUACGACAGAAAACACCACGCAAAGCAAGAAAAGACGUAAGCAUCAUCACCAUUCAACGCAAAACAACACAGAAAACAGCCUGCAUACAAAUAAUACAAAAACAAGCGAUUAUUUCGGAAAUGAAUACUCAUCAACAGGUAGCGCUUAUAGCACGCAAUGUUCGAUGGCAGAUGCAAAGAAUAUGCCAGAUGUUUUCAUUUCAUCGACUUUAUCCGAAAAGAAGAAUAAAAGCCAAUUAGAAGCGCAACCACCGGCUAAAGGUGUACAGAAUGCAACAAAUGAUCCUCAAAACGAAAAAGAAAAUAGAGAAGAUUCGAAUCUUAUUCAAGGAAAUAAUGAGCCAAAUGAUGCGAAAUCACAUCGUUCUCAUACUCAAGAGAAUAAAACUCUUGGUUCUGAUAAAUCUUAUCAUUCUUUAUCAUCUCAAGAACCAAAAACGCAUGAGUCAAAGAAAUCGCGCCAUAGUUCUCGAAGAUCAGUGCGUUCCAGGUCAAUAAACGAAGAAAAUAGAUCACAUCAUUCGAAAUCCGUUCAAGGAGAUACAAAAUCAGUACAUUCAAUCGAUAACAACGAAAGUGGAUCCUUACACUCAAAUAUUCUUACAGGUGAUGAUCAAUCACUUCAUUCCAUUGAAUUGGAUAAAGAAAAUAACUCUCCACAUAAUAAAUCAACGCAUGACUUUGAUUCAUCGCUUCAUUCGAUACCUAUUCCUGAUCAGAAAAGAUCUGUUACUCAGCGUUCCCUUGGAGAACCCGAAAAUAGCCCUACAACUCCGAAAUCAGUUAAAUCUUCUGAUGGAUGGAGUAUUCUCUCACGAAAUAACCUUGAGAGUGAAGUUGGUGUGGAAGAUGAAGUUGCCCAGAGAUUGAUUUUGGAUUAUAAAAUUUUAAUUCGUCAAAGAGACGAUCAAUUGAUCAGAAACCAGAGAAUGAUCAAAGAGUUGCAUGACCAGCUUGCGAUGACUAACGAAAUGCAAGCAAUUCAAGCCAAAAUUGAUCUACAUGUAAGAGAGCACAAAAACGACGCAGAAAAGGUCCAAGAGUUGAAAGAAGCCAAAGAAAGUUUAGCCAAACUUAAUGAAGAUCGUCGUCAGAAGUACGAUAACCUCAUAAAGCAGAUCAAAGAACUCAGGAAAAAUAUUGAUGCAAAGAAAGCCGAAAUUGAGGACAAAAACUCUUCAAUUAAGACUCUCGAAGAAGGUGUAGCGAUUCUUAAACCAAUGGAAAACGAAAUUAACAAGGUUAAACAGCAAAAUGCCGAAAUUGCAAAUCAAAUUGAACUUCUUACUAAGAAAACUGAUGAUUUGCAACAGAAGAAAGAUAUAAUUUUAACUGAUUGUCGUCAGAAGAGCGAAGAAAUCUCCGUUUUGGAGAAAGAAGAAGCAAACAGAUUAUUUGCGGUAGAACAGCUUGGCCAUGUCAGAGAUAAAAUAGGAAUUGCAUUAUUGAUGUAUAGAAAAUUACAACGUGAAAAUGAAGCCAUUUCUUUGAAAAUUGCGUUAGAUAAUUCUCGAUCUGACCAGAAAUCCAAAACAACUAUUGGAGAUGCCUCAAAACAUAUCGAUAAGCUUGAUAAUCUUAAGCAGAAAUACUCCCAAACGAUUGAUGAGCAACUUGAAGAAAGAAAUCGCCUGAAAAAGGAACUGAAAAGGAUAGAAUACGAUCUCCAAAAGCAGAAGAAGCCGUUUAAGAACUUAACUGAAUGUAGAAAACCAAUACAAUCGCCAAAGAGAGAAAAACCGCCUGCUCCAACGCCACUUUACAAACCACAGCCAAGACCAAGAGGAACUCCUUCAAUUAGGUCUUCUUUCAGGUCUUCAAACACUCCUGUUUCAUCUCUUAAUAUAUUUACGUAA